ACUGAUAAAUCCACCAUAAUUGAGCAUUUCAAUAAGCAUUUUUCUACGGCUGGCCAUGCUUUCCACCUGGCUACUCCUACCCCGGUCAACAGCACUGCACCCCCCACAGCAACUCGCCCAAGCCUUCCCCAUUUCUCCUUCUCCCAAAUCCAUUCAGCUGAUGUUCUGAAAGAGCUGCAAAAUCUGGACCCCUACAAAUCAGCCGGGCUAGACAAUCUGGACCCUUUCUUUCUAUAAUUAUCUGCCGAAAUUGUUGCCACCCCUAUUACUAGCCUGUUCAACCUCUCUUUCGUGUCGUCUGAGAUUCCCAAAGAUUGGAAAGCAGCUGCGGUCAUCCCCCUCUUCAAAGGGGGGGGACACUCUUGACCCAAACUGCUACAGACCUAUAUCUAUCCUACCAUGCCUUUCUAAGGUCUUCGAAAGGCAAGUCAACUAACAGAUUACCAACCAUUUUGAAUCUCACCAUACCUUCUCUGCUAUGCAACAUGGUUUCAGAGCUGGUCAUGGGUGCACCUCAGCCACGCUCAAGGUUCUAAACGAUAUCUUAACCGCCAUCGAUAAGAAACAUUACUGUGAAGCCGUAUUCCUUGAUCUGGCCAAGGCUUUCGACUCUGUCAAUCACCAGAUCCUCAUCGGCAGACUCGACAGCCUUGGUUUCUCAAAUGAUUGCCUCGACUGGUUUACCAACUACUUCUCUGAUAGAGUUCAGUGUGGCAAAUCGGAGGGUCUGCUGUCCGGACCUCUGGCAGUCUCUAUGGGGGUGCCACAGGGUUCAAUUCUUGGACCGACUCUCUUCUCUGUAUACAUCAAUGAGGUCGCUCUUGCUGCUGGUGAGUCUCUGAUCCACCUCUACGCAGACGACACCAUUCUGUAUACUUCUGGCCCUUCUUUGGACACUGUGUUAACAACCCCCCAGGCAAGCUUCAAUGCCAUACAACUCUCCUUCAAAGCCUCCAAUUGCUCUUAAAUACAAGUAAAACUAAAUGCAUGCUCUUCAACCGAUCGCUACCUGCACCUGCCCGCCUGUCCAACAUCACUACUCUGGACUGCUCAAACUUAGAAUACGUGGACAACUACAAAUACUUAGGUGUCUGGUUAGACUGUAAACUCUCCUUCCAGACCCAUAUCAAACAUCUCCAAUCCAAAGUUAAAUCUAGAAUUGGCUUCCUAUUUCGCAAACAAAGCAUCCUUCACUCAUGCUGCCAAACAUACCCUCGUAAAACUGACCAUCCUACCAAUCCUCGACUUUGGCGUUGUCAUUUAUAAAAUAGCCUCCAAUACUCUACUCAACAAAUUGGAUGCAGUCUAUCACAGUGCAAUCCGUUUUGUCACCAAAGCUCCAUAUACUACCCACCAUUGCGACCUAUACGCUCUGGUAGGCUGGCCCUUGCUUCAUACUUGUCGCCAAACCCACUGGCUCCAUGUAAUCUGCAAGACCCUGCUCGGUAAAGUCCCCCCUUAUCUCAGCUCGCUGUUCGCCAUAGCAUCUCCCACCUGUAGCACACGCUCCAGCAGGUAUAUCUCUCUAGUCACCCCCAAAACCAAUUCUUUCUUUGGCCGCCUCUCCUUCCAGUUCUCUGCUGCCAAUGACUGGAAUGAACUACAAAAAUCUUUGAAACUGGAAACACUUAUCUCCCUCACUAGCUUUAAGCACCAACUGUCAGAGCAACUCACAGAUUACUGCACCUGUACAUAGCCCACCUAUAAUUUACCCCCAAAAUCCACCUCUUUCCCUACUGUAUAUAAUUUAUUUAUUUAUUUUGCUCCUUUGCACCCCAUUAUUUGUAUUUCUACUUUGCACAUUCUUCCACUGCAAAUCUACCAUUCCAGUGUUUUACUUGCUAUAUUGUAUUUACUUUGCCACCAUGGCCUUUUUUUGCCUUUACCUCCCUUAUCUCACCUCAUUUGCUCACAUCGUAUAUAGACUUGUUUCUACUGUAUUAUUGAUUGUUUGUUUGUUUUACUCCAUGUGUAACUCUGUGUCGUUGUAUCUGUCGAACUGCUCUGCUUUAUCUUGGCCAGGUCGCAAUUGUAAAUGAGAACUUGUUCUCAACUUGCCUACCUGGUUAAAUAAAGGUGAAAUAAAUAAUUGAAAAAACAGAAAUGGACAUUUACUAUCACAGUGACUAUAUGGAGAAUAGUAAACUUGUAUACGUUCACAUUAAUCGGGUUCUCACAAAAAGAAAAGUUCUUACUAGUUGCAAAUAAAAACAGUCUCUAUUUUUUUGUAUUUUGCGCCACGCAAGUGGUUGACCUAAAUUAUAUUGUUAUACAAUUGCAAAUAACAUGAUGCCAUAGAUUGGUAAACAAAUAGCCAUCAAGCUAACUAACACUACUAAGUGUCAGUGUGAAUUUCCCUGCCAUAAAAAAAAAAAAAUAUAUAUAUAUAUAUAAAAAAGUUUGGCUCACACAAACAAUGCUCUUUCCUCAAUAAAUAAAAAGCUUUAUCAGAUGCAAAUAAAACUCAGUCCUGCACAUCUCACUUGAUAAAUCCAGCAGUCAAGAAGCUAGGCGUCAGCGUGAAUUUCCCUUCAAUUAUCAAAAGCCUUGGCUCCCGCAAAGUAUGCACAUUUCUCUUCCUUCCUUACUCUCUCAAUCAUUUGCCACAGACGAUUCCGAGCUUCUUUGUGAAAUGCAGUCAGAUCCUCGUUGAACCUCAGGUUGUUCUUCUUUAAAUAGUCAUUUUUCUGUGCACUUUUCCAUGUCAUAUCCCUCGCUGUCCUGGAGAUGAAUCUCAUGAUCACUGGUCGUGGUGGCUGUUUGUUUUCCCCAUCUCUCAGCCUACCCAGGCUGUGCACUACAUCCGGAGAACCUGCAACAACACUUCGCUCUUCCUGCGGGACUAUUGCCCUGGAAAUGUCCUUCACUCUUGCUUUGAUGUUCUCGUCAGAUUUUUCUGCUAUUCCAUAAAUUCGAAGAUUCCUUCUCCGACUUAUACCAGUCAUUCUCGUUAACCUUUGACUCCAUUUCACCGAACUGGAUCUACCAAUGCCAACAACCCCCAUGGACGACCGUCUGCGCGUGGUGGCCGUGAUACAUGCUUUGAAAGCAUCUGGAGUUCGCGUGAAAAAUUGGAAGAACUUCUUCAAUGGGCCAGACACGAGUGGCCCUGUCAGACCGAUGGAUGUCUUUCAGGAGAACCAAUCUCAAUUUGCCUUUGGUCGGGACCUGAUCUUGCUGCCCCAGUGCCAUUUAACUGAUAUGAGUGGGACAGUGCCAAAGUUCUUGGUGGAUGCCUGUGAAUUUUUAUCCCAUCAUCUUCAUACUGAAGGGCUGUUUCGAAAGACGGGGUCAUUGAGUCGGAUCCGUGCUUUGAAGGCUGACCUGGAGCAGGGGGAGCCAGUCUUUUCACUGCCACAUUCAGCCACUCUGCAGUCCUGUGAUGUGGCGUCUCUUGUGAAGCAGUUCUUACGGGAGUUGCCCUCUCCCCUCAUCCCUAUGGAUCUACAGGUGCCACUGUGCUGUGCACAGGGCUUAGAGGAGGAGGGGGGCCAGGAGCAGGGUAAAGAUGGAGUCACUCUUCUUCUUACAGCCCUGUUCCCUCUUUCUCAUUCACGGGCCCUCCGAUACCUCUGCACUUUCCUGAGACAGACGGCUCAAAGAUGUGAAGAGAAUCGUAUGGAAGUGGGCAAUCUGGCCCUUGUGAUUGCACCUAAUUUGCUACAUUGUCCAGCUGGGGGCUCUAAACUGACCGCAGGCACAGAGAGACAACUGGAUAGACAAGCAGCAGUGAUCAAGACACUCAUAAUACAUGCAGAUCGUAUCGGUGUCGUUCCCCCUUCUAUUAUGGACAUGGCAUCUGUAGCAGAGUCGGGUGAAUCCACUACACCCCCAGUUGACGGAGGGAGAUUUCAGGAGAGGGCAGGACUUGGUGUGUAUAGAAGUUUAAGACGUCAAAGGAGGCGCAGUGUUGGAGAGAUAUUUGUGGAUGCUCUCAGUAAAUUCAAGACAGGCCGCACACACACUGGCCCUUCACACCCCACAGACGGCCGGCAAAAUACAAAGACAUCUCACCACACCACAUCUCAAUCACCAGUCACAUCCAAACGAAAAUCGAGCGAAGAUACUGUCCCUGAUGUAGAGGGCUCUGCUAAAAAAAGACGCUCUAUCCAUGACCUAAGAAAAGACAACCAAUCCAUCAGCAAACUACAUUCAAAUGACUCCGAGUCGGCAGUCGGCCAAAGCCUUUCCAGUACUCACACCUCUGUCCUGAGUGUAGGGGAGGGCAGUAGGGAGCAGGAGCUGUCUGUCACUCUCAGUGCCUCAGAGAAGAGGAGGAAUCACAAAAAAUAUCAUAAAACGUCAAACAAGCAUCCGGUGCAAGAUGACAAGGCUCAUCGAAGGAGAUCUCUCAGAUUCUUCAACAUGCCAAGCUGGAGCAGCCCUAAUCCUUCCCCAACACCCAUUGAGAAGGACACUGAGAAUUGGAUCAUGGGCAGUAGGACGGUAUCUGAUGGUAUGACUGAAGCAUCCAGCUCUGAGGCUGAACGGUACAGGAUUCCUGUCAAAAUGAUUGAUGGCCCUGGACGAGUUCUAGUGGGGAAUGAGAUGGAGGCUAAACCUGAUCUGCUGAACUACAGGUUCGCUGAAAAUCUUGAUGACUUCCUGGAUCUCGUGACAUUGGACUCGCCUACCGGGACAGAAGAUGGGGAAUCACGUGCAUGCUCUGUGCACAAGUUGGAAAAUGAGACAAUAGAGGAAACAGUUUCCUACUGUCUGACUAACAGUGUAUUUAGGGGUCAUUUCAACGCUCUGGCAACACUGCUCCGUAGCCCCAGGGUUUCUCCCCCACCCCCUGAACCCCAGCUCAACAAUGUCCUGCGUCAGCGGGUAGGGGGUCAGGGGAGUGUUGUCCAUCUGCGUCGGCAGGGAGAAAGGCGGUUUGGACGCUCCAUCAGUCAUGAUGGUGUUCCCGGAUCUUUUCCAGGACAAGCUCCUAAAAAUCAGCAGGAUGAGCCAGGGGUUUUUCAAAGCCCCAGUGAGACAGUUCUAUGUUCACCACCAAAGCCAACUCUAAGUCUUUAUCAAUUUGCCCAAGAGGGGCAGAAUGAAAUCCAACAUACUCCAGAUCCUCAACUACAACAGGAUAACCCCUUGCAAACCCUCCAGUAUUUGUGUACUCCUCCAUCACUAAAUCCAAAGCCGAACCAGGGAUCUCGCCAGGGGCAAUUUAACAAAUCACAACUGCAUCUCAGGGAAAGCCAACUGAAACUGUUGGAGGAACAAUACACAGAGUCAGGUCUGCAUGACCUGCUGGAGAUGCACUUGAAUAUAUGUGAUCCAAAGGAGGAGCAAUGGCAAUACCUUACAGUUCCAAUGCAGUUUGAUAGACCGUCUCAGACAGACACUAUCUUAGAUGUUCUACCUCAGACCAUGGUCCCCCUACAGCAGAAGCCCCAAACUACUGAAGUCAAACUUCCUAUCCCUUCUCCUCUAACCCCUCCUCUCUCUCAAACAGAAACAUGCUCUCCCAGUCCCAGUAUACCCUCUGCCACAACGAUAGACAGAACAUCAUCAACUGAACUCUACACUGUUCCGUUAGUGGCUAACUGCUCCCUAACCUCUGUCACGGCUUUUGACUUUAUAGAGGUCGACAGAGGGGUCAGUGAGAGUGAUGGGUCUUCUCUUCCUGUGGAAUUAUCCCCACCCCCAGUCUUGCAGUUCAGUCACCUGGCCACCAGGAGAGGCUACAGAGAUUCGCCUCGCUGGCCUAUCCAUGAUAUUAGCAUUGCCACAGGGGACCCCGUUCAUAUAUACCUUGGUGCAGGGGACCCUCUACAGAUAUGACAUGUACAGGACAUACAAAGUGGUUCUUUGUUUGUAGGGCUUUGGUUUUGAGUAUUAGGGUUUUAAAAUGGGUAAAUAAAACCACACAAAGAAUGGCAUCUGUUACUUGAUGUAAUUGUGCCAAGUUAUAUCCUCACAUUUUUAUUUUAUGAUGUUUUCAUGAGGUUGUUUUUAUUAGUCUCUGUUAUGUUUUGUUAUUAUUGUGUCCGAAGUUGCGUUUGACAUAUCUCAGACUAUUUAAUUUGCUUAUUCUUUAUCUAUUCAGUUUUAAUUAAAAAAAAUAUUUAAAAAAAA